AUGGUAAAUCUUUGGCUGAAGAAUAAACUGAAGACUGCUGUUGCUUUGUAUGGUGCUCGCCUUGGUCCACUUCGAGGAGCGUGUCCAACACGAACGUGGGUUAUCAAUAAGGCAUUCGAAUUGAUGCUUCAAAUUCCGAAAGAAAUUAUUGACGCCUCUUGGAGAAAAGUGAACCUCGAGCAUCCGAUGACCAAUCAAGACUUUAUUUUCGAGGAAGAAGAUGAUGAAGAAUUUGAUGCUGAAAAUGGAGAAUUCGAAGGCGGAGAUGGUGCUCAAUUGGAAGAAGAGAUGUUGGUUGCUGAGAUUAAUUGGGAAGAAGUUGGUGCUGAGAAUGAAAAUUACGGUGGUGCUCAAAUUGAAGAAAUUGAUGAGGAAAUGGAAGAAGAAUGGAACAUGGAUAUUGGACAAGAAGAGAUUCAAGAAAUCGAAGAUUUGGAGGAUUAA